GGGAAAGGCUGGAGGGGACGGGAAGGGAGUUGGGUUCUUAAGAGAGCCUCCUUGAGCUGAAAGGAAAUUUUAAGAGAGGUUAAGGGGUGAAAAUCGUGAUUUGAACCACAGUGGGGCUAACAGCCUGAAGAUAAGGAAGGAAGAGGCAGGACGAGCUCUGAAGGACGAGAAAAACUGGGGGCGGCGUGCGACAGAAGGACGGGAAAAACAUGAGAAAUCUGGACGCAGAAAGAUAACUGACUGACUAACCCACCCCUAUCGGCGUUCAACAGAGAAUCCCCCCGAGUAGCUGUACCAGGAGACGGUCGUCGGUGCUUCCUCAAAUUUCCCCACAAACUGAAACUAACUCUCCCCAAGCUCUUUUAUCCGGAUGGCAGAAGUCCACCGAGCAACGACUCGAACCCGCGGCUGAUAAGAGCCCGCACCAGCCCAGAGGAAGGGGGAAGGCAGGCAACCCGUAGAAAUUCUCGCACGCAACUUCGCUCACCAAGUUGUUCUUCUCAGCGCCGAGGAGCGCUCGUGCUCCCCUCCCACUUCGUAUUUCACUCGAGUAUCUCUCGCGGGGAGGGUGAGCGAUGUGAACGAGAGCGCGGUUAGCAUUGGACCUUCUCGGUUCCCGUAGCCUCUCUCCGCGUCCUGAGAGUGAGGCGAUAAAGAGGCGCUUUCUUCCUCUUCCUUCCUUCCUGCCUCGGUUCCUCCGGGUAGUUCGAAAAAGGAUCCCGGUGGGCUCGGGCGUCAGAGUCCGGAAGGCGGCGACCAGAGGAAGAGGCUAGAAAUGGCCGAUUACUGGAAAUCUCAGCCCAAGAAAUUCUGUGAUUACUGCAAGUGCUGGAUAGCGGACAACAAGCCUAGCAUUGACUUUCAUGAAAGAGGAAAGAACCAUAAGGAAAAUGUGGCUAAAAAAAUUAGUGAGAUUAAAAAGAAAAGUUUGGAAAAGGCAAAAGAAGAAGAAAAAAUGUCAAAGGAAUUUGCAGCCAUGGAGGAAGCUGCAAUGAAGGCUUAUAAGGAGGAUCUGAAAAGACUUGGAGUUAAGGCAGAAUCUUUAGGCCAGAGUUCAACACCAAAAAAGCAGGAAGAAAAGAAAGAAAAGAGAAAAAAGGAGAAAGAGACCACUGAAACUUCAUCCGAUGAAACAAUGGAAUGGGUGCAAGGAUUUUCUCCAGAAGGCUAUGUGUAUUACUACAACACUGUAUCAGGAGAAUCACAGUGGGAGAAACCAAAAGGAUUUCAAGACAACCUUCAAGAAUUCCAAACGAAAGCACAAUGGAUAGAAGGAGCAAGUGAAGAUGGCCGCACCUAUUACUACAAUACAGAAACAGGAGUAUCAACCUGGGAGAAACCUGAUGGUUUUGUAUCUCCUUCAAAAGAGAGCAGUCAAAAUGAAAAUCAUUCUGUAGACAGCCAAGAAAUGGGUUCAAAGGAAGCUGAAUCAGAUGCUGGAAAAGGAGGCAGUAAAAGUGAACUACGAAAGCCAAAAAGAAACUUUCGGAAAAAAACAGAAAGUGAUGAAGAAGUAGAGGAAAAGCCUCGCAGGCGCAAAAAGAUCAGCCCUUAUGGAGAAUGGCAAGAAGUGAAACGGGAAAGGACUGAUCAAGAUGAUGUAGGAACUGUUCGACAAGAAACAUCCCAGGCAGCAUCUCAUACAAUAGCCAAGCCUUAUGGUGAAUGGGAGGAAAUCACAGAAGAGGAAGAUCCAUAUGAAAAAGUAAACUUGGAGCUUCCCAACCUGGAAAGUGACUCUUUGCCAGCCCCAGUUCUAGAAGUGCCAGAGGAUGCCAAAGUGAUAUUUAAAGAAAAAACUGUCACUUCUCUUGGAGACACAACAGAGGGAAUAGCAGUUUUCAAAAAGCGAAAAUUUGAAAAUGGAAAAUCUAGAAACAUACGGCAGAGACUGAAUGAUCACUAAUAUUUUAACUAUACAGUCUAGAUGUUUUUCUAGUGGAAGAGGGGAAGAAAAAAUAUUUUAAACAUUUUCCUUGAAUGAAAUGGUUAGAAAUUAGGAGCUUCUAAUUCUUUGAAAAUUUCUUGGGUAAAAAAUGUAUUAAACAUCUUACUUUUUAAGGUGGUAACUAUUUUGUUUGCUUGACAGUUUAUUUCAUUUAUGCAGUCAUGUAAAUAUAUUUUUUUACAUACCUCGUUAUCUGAAUCCGUGUUUCUUGUGUCUUACCGUCAGUAUGGUGUUGUACUGAGUCAUUUUCUAAGAGAAAUGGGAAUGCAGCAGCUCCACUGCUUGUGUUCUAUUCAUUUAGCGGUAAAUCACCAGUAAGUACCAGAGGAGAGGGGAUCAAACCUCAGAGCAGUUGCUUUCCAAGAUAGUAUUGUAAUUUCUAUGGUGACUUCUCUUAAGAUGAAUGAUUAAUGGAAGAUGGUAGAAGGUCACCGCAUUUGGUUUUUAAAGUAAAAAAGUGAAUAUGUAACCAUGCAGCUCUUAAGUUUUGGAGUGUUGUGAAAUGUAAUCCAGCAAUUAGCAUCAAACCUUUCUAAUUUUCCUUAACAGAAAGCAGUAAUAUACAUACAGAUUGCAACAUUGUUCUGUUCAAAGCCCAGAGAAGAUUUAAAUGUGAUUAACAGAAUUUUGGCCCCAUUUUAUGGACAACAAAUAUUACUCUUUUGAUUUUGAUGUUGGUUUGAAGUCUUUCUGCUUCCUUCCUGCUAUUUUUUUAUGGUGUUUUUAUGACAUUUGCCUGUAUGUUUCUUAGAUUCCAUUAUUUUCUUGGCAAGCUUUGGAUGAGGAAAGGGGAUGUUUUAUGGGCUGAUGUUGCUAUGUUUAGACAUGGACAAGUCUCUUGCUGUGCUAAGCCUUUCUGUGUGGACCUUGGGCAAUGGGAGAAUACUGGCCUGGGCUAUGUGUACUCUUUGACUUAAAAACCUGAACCUGGGGCACCAAGGUAACCUAAAUUCUCCAACCUGUAUAAUUUUGCUUAUUUAAUAAUAAUUAAGUAAAUAACUCUCUGUUUUGCAUCAUUUAUUAUUCUGCAGCUAGUCAUCAAAGGAGGCAAAGAGCUCUGCAGAAGCUCCUCCUGAGAAUUCCCUAGGCAUUGUCUACUCUCCAGGCCAUCUUCACUGCAUAGAAACUUCACCUUUUUCUGUCUUCUUUUGCUUCACUGUAGAUACAAUUAGUAGUGAAAGCCGAAGGGGACCAACUCUGCAAGAAACUUGAAAAGAGGGAACAGAAAAGCAUUGUGUGUAAUCCAUGUUUAGGUGGUCACAAGAGUAAAAAGGUGCUAAAUUUAGAACCACGUUUGCUUUUUUAGCUAUUCCUGUACUUGCUGUGCUAAGAGAAGCUAGUUUUCACCAGAUAAGAACAUAUGCACUUUUUAAAAAACACUUUUCUUUCCCAUGCCCAAAAUAAUGUUUUACAGUGUAAUCUUAUGCAUGUUUAGUCAAAACUUUGGUUAAAUACAAUGAAACCUACUUCCAAGUAAAUAUACAUAGGGCCAACUUAGUUUCUCAGGUACUAAGUAGUUUUAUUAUAGACAAGUUUUAAAACGGCAUGCUUGAGAUCCACUAAAUAGCCCAAAAUAAUGCCUUUUUUUUAAGUUCACUGUUCUUUGAAACCAUAGUCUGGAUCCAUACAUGGAAACAUCUUUGCUUUACGUAACAUUUAUUUCUGCUUUAAGUGGGAAAAGGCUAAUUGAAUCUAAUAAAAGUACGAGUAUUUAUUUUUAAACAUGCAAAGUUUGUUUGUUCUGUGUGUGUUACUUCAUUUGUUCCAAUGAUUCCAUUAAUAUGGGAUUUGUGGUCAACGCUAUUGGUAUUGACCUAGUAAAGAGUCACUAAGUAAUUGCAUUCUUCUGGCUGUUAUUUCUACUACUCAUCUGCCUAUUUUAUUAUAAUUAUUAUUUAUUACAUUUGUAUACCGCCCCAUAGCCGAAGCUUUCUGGGCGGUUUAGAACAAUUUUUCUGUUUCUUCUUCUCAGAGCUUGCAUGCAGAAUCAGCUAUCCAUUUCCUAUUGUUGUGGUUGUUUUACAAGUACAAAGAGUUAAUCCAAAGCAGAAGCAAGGGAAGAGCCCCUGGAUUAUUAGGGACUCUUCAGUUUACUAAAAAUGAGUGAUCAUGCAAAACUAUAGCAUGGUUAAUGUUACAGGAGGUGAGAGAUCUGUGAACAUGUGAUCCGAAGUUUAAGCACUCUGAUAUUCCCUGUUGUGUAAAUAUGUUUUGUGUAAAUUGCUCUUACAACAGUGGCAUUAUGUUUUUGGUGUAUUUAAAAGCAAUGUGAAUUACAAAUAAAAUAGAGGCAUAUAAAAGUCUGUGCCAGA